CUCUCUCUCUCUCUCUCUCUCUCUCUCUCUCUCCAGAACAAGACUACUAAACUAGUAUAUGCUGUGCUGUGAGUAGAGUGAUCUGCGAAGAAUACCGAAGAUGAGGAAGCGAGAUUUAGCUAUUUUGAUGCUCGCCGCUUUCGCUAUUUUCUUCUCUCUGCAGCACCAAGGCGAUUUUUCAUUCAAAGAGGCGUGGUUCCAUCUUUCUGAUGAAUACCCAAUCAAGUACGAGGCUGAGCGUCUUCCCCCACCAAUCGUGGCUGAUCUUAAUGGUGAUGGGAAAAAAGAGGUUCUUGUUGCCACUCAUGAUGCCAAAAUUCAGGUUUUGGAGCCUCACGCAAGGCGUGUAGACGAAGGAUUCAGCGAAGCACGUGUGCUUGCAGAUGUUUCCCUGUUACCUGACAAGAUUCGCAUUGCAUCUGGGAGACGUGCUGUAGCCAUGGCCACAGGAGUUAUUGAUCGAGUUUAUAAGCCUGGACAAGCCUUGAAGCAGGUCCUAGUUGUUGUUACAUCAGAUUGGUCGGUAAUGUGUUUUGAUCACAACCUCCACAAGCUAUGGGAGACCAAUUUGCAGGAGGAUUUCCCACAUCAUGCUCACCAUAGGGAGAUAGCCAUCUCCGUAAGUAAUUAUACUGUAAAGCAUGGGGACACAGGUUUAGUAAUUGUUGGUGGAAGGAUGGAAAUGCAGCCCCAUAUGCACAUAGAUCCUUUUGAAGAAAUUGAGAUGAUAGAGAGAGAUGCCGAGCAGCACAGAAGAAGUGCUAACGAAAAGGAAGCUUCUGAAAAUUCCGGAACCGUUGAUUUACGCCAUUUUGCUUUUUAUGCCUUUGCGGGUCGAACUGGCAUGCUUCGAUGGAGUAGAAAGAAUGAGAAUAUUGAAGCACAUUCUUCAGAUGCGUCACAAUUGAUUCCGCAACAUAACUACAAGCUUGAUGUUCUUGCUUUGAACAGUCGUCAUCCUGGAGAGUUUGAAUGUAGGGAAUUUAGAGAAUCAAUUCUUGGAAUCAUGCCGCAUCAUUGGGAUAGGCGGGAAGACACUCUGUUGAAAUUUGCGCACUUCAGGCGGCACAAAAGGAAGGCACUAAAGAGACUACCUGGAAAAGCUACCAAUUACCCCUUCCACAAGCCCGAGGAAAACCAUCCCGCAGGAAAAGACCCUACGAAGAAAAUAUCAAACGCUAUCAGAAAAGUUGUAAAUUAUGCUGGCUCAGCUAAAUCCAAAAAGCCAUUGCCUUAUAUUCCUACCAUAACAAAUUACACUCAACUCUGGUGGGUUCCUAAUGUUGUUGUGGCUCAUCAAAAGGAAGGUAUUGAAGCUGUUCAUUUGGCAUCUGGCCGCACAUUGUGUAAGCUUCAUCUUCAAGAGGGUGGCCUCCAUGCUGAUAUUAAUGGAGAUGGGGUCCUUGAUCAUGUCCAGGUUGUUGGGGGAAAUGGUGCUGAGCAGACUGUUGUAAGUGGAUCUAUGGAAGUGCUUCGACCAUGUUGGGCUGUUGCAACAUCUGGUGUGGCAGUACGCGAACAACUUUUCAAUGCAUCUAUAUGUCAUCAUUCCCCUUUUAACUUAUUCCAACAUGGAGACUUUUCCAGAAGCUUUGGUCGAACUAUAGAUGCAAGUACUUUAGAGGUGGCGACCCCUAUUCUCAUCUCAAGAAGUGAUGGUCAUCGGCAUCGUAAGGGAAGCCACGGAGAUGUUGUGUUCUUAACAAAUCGAGGGGAGGUAACUUCAUACUCUCCUGGCUUGCAUGGCCAUGAUGCUGUCUGGCAAUGGCAGCUAUUGACAGGUGCGACGUGGUCAAACCUCCCGUCUCCGUCAGGAAUGAUGGAAUCUGGUAUGGUGGUCCCCACAUUGAAGGCAUUCACCUUGCGUGUGCAUGAUAAUCAAGAAUUAAUCCUUGUGGGUGGAGAUCAAGAAGCUUUACUGAUAUCUCCUGGAGGAAGUAUAUUAGCAUCCAUAGAUCUUCCAGCUCCUCCCACACAUGCCUUGGUCUGUGAGGAUUUCUCAAAUGAUGGGCUAAUUGACCUUAUCCUUGUGACUUCUAAUGGUGUCUAUGGCUUUGUUCAGACAAGGCAACCGGGUGCCCUCUUCUUUAGCACACUGGUAGGUUGUCUUAUAAUUGUAAUGGGAGUAAUAUUUGUCUCCCAACACCUGAACUCUAUGAAGGGGAAACCUCGAGCUUCAGCUGGUCAUAUGUGAUACCGUUGUUUUGUGCUGUGUAUACUUGAUGGUCGAGUUUUUACUCGGAGGAGAACCAGAUAUGGGAAGAUUUGCAGCUCACUGAAAAUGCUCAUUUACUGUCCCGAGGUCAGAGAAAGAAGUUGGGGAGUCCUUUAAACUUGGGGAACAGCAUGAGUUCAUUAUGGGUCUAAUGGUUUCAGGUGGCAUUUCACAUGGCUUCCUCCCUCUGUCGAGAUCAACCUCCAUGUUAAUGGAGCUCUUAGAUGUAAUGUAAUCUUUCUAAUGUUUAUGUCGGAGAGAGAUUUGAAGAAUUUUUCAGAGGACUUUGCUAAAAGAUUUGGGUAUUAACUUACAGUAAGUGUUUUCUGUUGGCAAUAUUUUUGGCUUUCUGGAGUAUGGGUUGACUUGUUUUUCUGUUAGCCACAUCAAAGUAUUACUGCGUCGGACAUUCUUUAGCUAGUAAAUAGGAUGUUUUUUCUGUACUAUGAACCUAACCUUCAAUGAAGUGUUGUUGCAUCUUCUGAA